CUGAUCUUGAUACAGAUUCUCUAAUGGAUAAUCAGAUAGUAACAACCACUACAUUGGCUUCAAAUACUUCAUCCACUCAACCUUCAAUAUCUCCAACCAAUCAACAAAAUUAUCAACAACAAACUGCUCAGCAACGUUAUAAUUCUACUGAUAGUUUCAUUUCUCCAAAUGUUGUCAGUAAUAUAAGUACCGGUUAUUCAUCUCAGCAAACUACUUCCUCUAAUGUUCAGCAACCUCAACAACAGUUUCAACAUCAACAAAUUCAACAGCAGCAAUUACAGCAAAGUCAGGGUCAUCAACAAGCGAGUCGGAGUCCUUAUCAUACUUCUCCUAAUAUUACCGCUCAACAGCAACAAUCAAUACAUAAUAGGUCUUCUAUUAGUCAAAAUCAAACUUCUAUUAAGUCUUCUCCACUAAUAACGAAACCUGCAAAUCAAAAAACUAUGGUACAAUCUGGUGUAUCUGCUCAGCAA